AUGGCGAAUUGUAGUGUGAUUGGCGGAGCCAGUGAAGACGUCUGGCGGAACGAGCGGUUCGGCCAAUCGUCCAACACAAUCGGAACCGAACAAUUGCAACAAAAAUGCAUUCCUUCACAGCCACAAACCCAAACAUUCGGAACUGUCCAGGAGAACGGAACCGCACUUUCUCACCAGGAACAAGGUCCACCAACGUCUCUGAAUGGCCAGUCAAGGCCAGUGCCUGUUCAUUUUCCCGGUGCUUGCCUUGUGGCAGCGGGGCAGAGAGGGUGCAAUGAGAGUGCAGCAGUCCUCCUUGCGACGUCCCCUGGAGCAGAUACUCAUAAUUCUCAUACGUCUCCUGCACCAGGCACCGUCGCCCCUCGGCCAGCCAGCAGCGAGCCAGCGGAGAACGCGUCGAACACGAGAGGGAGCCCGCACAAGACCCAAGGCCCCUGCCCUGAAACCCGACGCUGGAUCUCCGACCAUUUGCUCGUAGACGGACCCCUCGGACCCUCUGACCCUCGCCCAGUGGGGUGGGGCGCCACGUCGCCCGCCCUGAAGCCCUGCAACGGCGAGGCACCAGGCUCGCCAUCCGACUGGCGGGCGAUCGGCGGGCACCCUCGAAUCGCAGCGCGCACGAACGGGGGCGCCCGCCUUGUCCUUCGAGUGGGUGGGGUGUCUGCGAAUCGGAGUUGCAGGAGGGCCCUGGGCUUGCAGCGAUCGAAUCGGGGGUGCCCUGGCGGGGGGGUGCCUGUCCAUCACUUGGUCUAG